GUUCUGAUCCUCAACUGCAGUUUUUACGAUGAGCCAGCAAUGGUGUAUAAUAUGAUUCACACGUGGAGCAUGCUCUCAUUUUACGUGGUUUGUUUCUCGGCAGGUGAAUAAACUGUUUAAUUUUGUGGACGUUUAUAAAAUUUUUGUUUUGCAGUAACUCCUUUCCAAUCUGUAUUAUAAGACGACUCUGCUGGGAAUAGAAUCGAAAUUACAUUUUGUAUUUUUAACGGGUUUAUUUUAGCACAACUGCAAUGGAAAAUACAGGUAAAAUAAUAUCCAAAUUUAUGUAAUUGAUUGAUAUGAUUCAUUGAAGGCGGUUUUAUCCUCUUCAGUCCGUUCCCUGCUAGCAGAGGCCCCCUUUUGAUUGACUUCUAGGUCGGCUGAAAUUAUGCAAAAGGUGUUGCCCUAGAUUCCAUAGCCUUUUCAUGUGCUGUUUCUAGUGACACUCACUUUUCGCAGACCGUGAAAACCCAGAGGUUUGUCAAUUCUCAUUAAGGGAUAGUGAUUUUGCCGCCCGCUUGUUUUGUUGUUGUUUUUUUUUUGGUAACCUUAGCCUGCCUAGCAGGCGCUGGUUAACUUUAAUUUUUACCUCUCCUUUUCUCCCCUCGCGUGUCCUCGAGAUUUCUUCCUUCGUCUUAAAACCGGCGCCUGCUAAUCAGGCUAUGAUAGCCUUUGUACAGCUGCCCCUUUAAAAAAACGAGUAAAAAGACCUGUUCGCCACCAACGAUCAUCUAUUCAGUCUAUUUACCUUGGGUAACAGAUUUUUUUGUCGACUGCGCGCUUCAGCCAACCCUGUACUCGGUGGCGGGCAGCCCUAAAACUGCUGGAAGAGAUGCCAAGAGAAACAACUUUCAAAUGAAACCUAGAGACAGAAUAUACAGAUGGAUUCAUUGCGACUUGCAUUGAAGACAUUGUUUUUGUUUCACAGGCUAUUUUAUCCAUGAUUUUUUUGACGUGCUUUUGCAUGACUUACGCAACUCUGCUGGUCUCCUAUUCCAUCAUGUACUGGUAAGUUAAACUGAUGGACAACAAAAACCUUGCAGCUUGUUUUGUAACAUUGCUUCAAAAAGAGUUGAAAAGCGAUGUUGCGCGUUUUACCGCCAACAAUUCAAACCUGUCUUGCAUCAAAUCAGGUUGUUGCAAGUUGCGUGAAUACCAGACUUUUAAUUGGAUAAAAUUACGCGGGAGUCACGCUAUAUACGAGAGUUAUAUACGUUCUUGUUCGUUCUUGUUGCAAAACAAGUUUGCCUUGGGCCGGUAAAGCGAGCCACAUCAAAAAGUAGAACUACUGUCUACCUUCUUUCGCAACCUGCAGCAACCUGAUUUGUAGCUGAGACAGGAUUGAACGUGGCUAGUAAAACGCGCCCUGCAUCAUCGCGAUUCAAGUCGUUUUGCAGCAGUGUUGCAAAACAAGUUGCACGGGUUUUUUUGCCCGUUUUGCCGUACCUCUAGUCUAGCCUGCGAGCAAGCUCUCCCAUAUGGGCGAGCGAAGCGAGCCGCGCGAGAACGCGCGAGCGAGCCUCUCGCGCGUCUACUUUUAACGAUAUCCCCAAAUGGACAGCUUGCUCGCAGGCUACUUUAGUCUGAUCUGUGCUACUGUUCUUUAUUUUGCGCCACUCGUUGAACGGUUGGGAAGAAAACUCGAUGGAACUGACAAGAGCAAAGGGCCUGCGGGGAUCCCCUCCUUCCUUUCAUUGAUUCCGACCUUUUCGUUGCUCCAGCUAGAACGAGCCGAAGCAAAUAAAAACUUUUGUUUGUGCGUUCGUUCUUGUAUUAGUUUUAGUUCAUGGGCAUAAUGGCCUCAUGAUCAACUUAAAGGAUCAUACAGCCAUUGUCUCUUGGUUUAUGCCUACGAUCCCACAACUAACUAAAGAUGCUUGAGUUGAUCUAACUACUGUAGGAUUAAUACUAGGAGCAACCGUAUUUCAGCGGACGGAUUGUCGAAAAGCAUUCUUUUCCCUUACCUCCCACACCUCGAGUGGGGCGAAUGAAUGGCAAGAUUUCCCCCACCAAAAUGAAACCUGAAACUUCUCAGGCAAAGUUCCUGUGUAUUUGUUUUAGGGAAGGAGGAUUGUCCCAUUCUCGAAGAAAAACCGGUAGCAUGCUCAAACAUUUUUAGUUGAAUGGUUGCUUCCGACACAUAGCUUUAAUUUGAAACAGAACAGUAAAGUCUUCUUUUUAAUAGGGAUUCAGACUGAUAGUUAAAAAUUCAUUUCGCAUAGUUAACAAAUUUCUUUUUUUGAAAACGUUCAAGAAGAGAGGAUAGUCGUUUUGCCUUUCACUUGGUGCACCUACCUUAGUAGGUACACAAGCUUAGUUACUCAAGGUAAGCCAAGUUCAUCAUUCACUGACGUUAGUUUACGCUUUAUGAAAAUCUACAAAUACCUUGUAUCGAGUAGCUACUCAGUUAUAAUAAUUGUAACUUCACUACGACAGUGUACUGUGACAUGUUAGCCUGGGUCCAGGCUCGGCUACAAUGGGGAGAAGAGCUGAGCGAUUUUCCCAUCCCCAGUCCCUCGCUUGCCGAUUUUUCUGCCCUCAUUGCGAAGCAUGGUCCCAGGCUAGUGGUAUGUCUUCAGUCCUAAUAGUAAAUUGUAUUUGUUAUGUUCUCAUAUAGAGCUGCAUGGCAUGUACUUUUACGACGUUCUCGCAACUGUAUCUCGCCUUUCCAACCGGCUGUCUCUUACUGGAAGUAAACAGUAUUCCACUUCACCUCAGAAGGAUCAUGCGAUAUCACCAAAUAGACCGAUCAAGUCUUCUGUACCGCUUCAAUCUAGCAAUUCUACUCAUCACUUUUGUUGUUUUCCGGUUUAUUCCUGUCUCCUUUAUGGAAAUAUAUGUCAUAUUACAUGGUCAGGAUCAAUAUUUACCAUAUUACUUGUUCGGAGUGUUUGGGCUGGGUGGGAUGGUAGUGGUUAAUAUAGUACUGUUUCUCUCCUUGUUUAAUGCAGAAUUUGGCAGAGAUAAAAACCCUAAGCUUGAAAAUACAUAG